UGAGCUGUGACGCUGGGGAAGGAGGAGGAGGAGGAGCGCUCCGCCGCGCGCUUAAAUACGCGGCUCCAGUCCGGAUUGCACACAGAAACUCCACAGCAGAGCAGCCGAGAGCAUCUCCGCUGACCAAUAAAGACUGCUCUUCCGUCUUUUACGCACACAGCCCAGAGACAAAGAGUUCCUCGCUCUAAGAUAUAAUCAUGAUUAAGAAGAUGUCACCCUCCGAGAGCGAUUACGACAUCCCAGCAAAGAACUGCUACAGGAUGGUGAUUUUGGGAUCCACCAAAGUUGGGAAGACGGCCAUCGUGUCCCGAUUCCUGAACGGGAGGUUCGACGAGCAGUACACGCCGACCAUCGAGGACUUUCACAGAAAACUGUACAGCAUCAAGGGAGACGUCUACCAGCUGGACAUACUGGAUACAUCGGGGAACCACCCUUUCCCCGCCAUGAGGAGACUAUCCAUACUGACAGGUGACGUGUUCAUCCUUGUAUUCAGCCUGGACAACCGGGACUCCUUCCAGGAGGUGCAGCGGCUCAAGCGGCAGAUCUUCGAGACCAAGUCGUGCCUUAAAAACAAGAUCAAAGAGAACAUCGACGUGCCUCUGGUCAUCUGCGGCAACAAGUGCGACCGAGAGUUUUACCGGGAGGUGCAGCAGGAGGAGAUCGAUCAGCUGGUGGCCGGGGACGAGAAGUGCGCGUACUAUGAGAUCUCCGCCAAGCGCAACGAGAACGUGGAUAAGAUGUUUCAGACUCUGUUUACCUUGGCCAAGCUGCCUCACGAGAUGAGCCCCGACCUGCACCGCAAGGUCUCCGUGCAGUACUGCGACAUGCUGCAGAGAAAGUCUAUGAAAAACAAGAAGAUGAAGGACAUUGGGGAAGCGUUCGGUAUGGUCACUCCGUGCGCACGGAGACCCAGCGUGCACAGCGACCUCAUGUACAUCAAGGAGAAGGCCAUAGGAGGCGGCCAGGGCAAAGACAAAGAUAGAUGUGUGAUCAGCUAAGCAGAGCGGCGGAGCACAAACUCAACGCAAAUCUUUGGAAGUAAAGAUGUAGGCAGGUUGAGAGGCGACCUGUGCGGCCGGCUGCGCUCAGACUGACACGGGAGGUGUGGAGACUCAAGGUCCGCCGCCGCUGCGCGCCGCGCGAUCUGGCGCAGCGCCGUCUCCGAGGACACUUGACUGGACAAACUUGAACUGCUAAAAGAAAAAGACAUUUGACAAUGUUUGCUUAUUCCGGCAAUCGGAGCCCAGCGCGUGGAGUGGCUUCAUACCUUGUGCACAUCGAUGCACAUCCAUGCGUAACAUGUCUUUAGUUGACUUCAUGCCUUUUACAGAUGCCAGAGGGGAGAGAAAAGAGACUCUUUGCUCCGGAGGUGCAAUGUUUGGGGGGAAGAUUUUUUUUUAUAUCUCAUCAUCUAUUUUAUAAUGGCUAAUACACUUGAAUGUUUCGUUGCAAUCUAAAGUGUUUUUUUUUUAAUUGUGAAUGUAUAUUUAUUGUUCAUGUCAAGAAAUUUUGAUAUAAUAAAAAAAUGAACUAAAACAUGUUUUUUUCCAUUGUUUCUCAUUUCUUCUCUCUUGACUUCAUGUUCUACUGUUCUACUUUUUCUCACACAACCCACAUGCAGUGAACACACAGACACUGCUGCCCU